GGGAGAUAGAAAAUGAUGUGAAAAAUUUUCAAUUAUCAUCCAUAAAAAUGAGUGAAACAGUUCCUCUGUCACUGGUCCAUCCAUCUCUAUUUAAUGAAAUCAUUGUGGAUUUAUCAUUGUUGAAGAAGAGGGAAAAAGGAAAUUUUUCAGAAUCAAGCUCAGUCCAAUCAUAUAUAGAAAAUAAAUAUUUUGAUUAUGUUCAAGUGUAUACAGAUGCAUCUAAAAGCUUAAGUAACAACAAUGGGGUGUCGUUUAUCGUUCCAGAAUUUAAUAUUAAAAAAUGUAAGAGGAUUUCUGAUGACUUAUCAGUGUUCACAGGGGAAAUGAUGGGAAUUAUUUUGGCUUUAAGUUGGAUUGAAGAGGUUCGUCCUUUGAGAAGUUUAAUUUGUUCUGAUUCAAGCUCAUCGUUAUAUUCAAUUAAAAAUAAUCAGUCUAAUAGUAGACCAGACCUUC